ACAGCAAUACAGGCAGUAGUACCGAUCACAAGCCACAAGAUGUCUCAGUUAAACGUCAUAGCGUCAUGUAUGUUAUUUGUAAGCUGUGCGAUCUGGACGUCUGGAGAAGUUUUCACUGCCAUAACCGACGUUGAACCCCUGUUGGAGACGCAUCAGAGAAUCAUUGAUGACUUGGAUGACUAUAUUUUUAAAGAGGAACAAAGGCUGAAUAUUUUGAAAAGGCAUUUGGACAUAUAUAAGAGGGAGCAGAAGAAGGCUAUGGAAGACAUACCCAACUACCUUGGUAACCCGAUAAACGCGUUCACACUGAUCAAGAGGCUCACAUCCGAUCUAGAUGACAUUGAGAAAAGCAUCGAUAUUGGAACAGAAUACAUCAAGAAUGUAACAGUCACACAUCAUGACGUGAAAUAUCCAACGCUGGAAGAUCUGGAAGGUGCAGCCAUUGCUCUGACCCGGCUGCAACAAACAUACGACCUUGAAGUGGAUGAGCUGGCUGAGGGGAAACUAAACGGUGUAACGUACAGUACACCAAUGAGCGCUGGUGAUUGUUAUGAGCUUGGCAAGGCUUUAUAUACUGAACAAGAUUACAGAAACGCCCUCGCGUGGAUGACUGUGGCUCUCCGUAAAUUUAAAUUGGAAAAAAUCCGUUAUCAUUUCACCGAAGAGGAUAUAUUGGAGUAUAUUGGAUUCGCCAAUUAUUUAUUAGGUGAUAUUGAGGUUGCAUUGGAGUGGACCAAGAAAUUGCUAACAGUGAACCCUAACCACCAAAGAGCUCGCGGUAACGUGCCGCAUUACAACAAGAUGAUUACUGAAGAGAAGGAAGCCAUGAAACGUCGCCGUCGUGGGAUUAUAAUUACAAACGGAACUCUUUCCCUUUGGAAAAAUGUUUUCGUCCAACACAGCUUUUCUACCAAUCCCGACACAGGCGAAGAGAUAGAAAAGGAAGUUGAAAAACCGGCGUCAUCGAUGUCCUAUGAAAACGAUUUCACUAUUUACGAGAAACUUUGUCGUGGCGAAUCCAACUUAUCUCCAAGUAUCAGCAAGAAGUUAUCAUGUCAAUACUUGACAGGAGAACACCCGUUCUUAAGGUACGCGGCCAUCAAGAUGGAAUAUCUGUACAGAGACCCGGACAUUGUCUUGUAUUACGACGUGUUGAGUGACAAUGAAAUUGAUUUCAUUCAAAAACUGGCGAAACCUAAUUUCAAACGCGCGACUGUGCACGACUCGAAAACGGGCAAGUUGGUGCCGGCACACUACCGCAUCAGCAAGUCUGCGUGGCUGAAGGACGAGACAUCGCCAGUGGUGGCGCGCGUGUCACGUCGUGUCGCGGACUUCACGAACCUCGAUCUCACCACCGCGGAGGAACUGCAGGUCGUGAACUACGGGAUCGGAGGACACUAUGCGCCGCACUUCGACUAUGCGAGGAGUCAUGAAAGCUCGUUCAGUUCCGUAGAUGGAAACAGAAUCGCGACAGUUUUGUUUUACAUGUCUGAUGUGGCCCAAGGGGGCGCCACCGUCUUCACUGAGCUGGGUCUGAGCGUGUUCCCAGUCAAAGGUGCUGCCGUGUUCUGGAUGAACCUGCACCCGUCCGGGGCUGGUGAUCUGGCCACGCGCCACGCGGCCUGCCCUGUACUCCGUGGCUCCAAAUGGGUAUGCAACAAGUGGAUCCAUGAGGCUGGUCAAGAGUUAGUGAGGCCGUGUAGUCUGGAGUAUCAACCAGAAAACAUGCAUCUGAAGCUGCCGCGAGGUGUUCCUAAGUCUUUUAGAUAGAUUAACACUUUUGAUUACAAUAAGUUAUUGUUAUCCAGUGAAAGACUUAGCAUAUCACGUUGGAGACGAAAAAUAUUUAAUAAAUAAAUAUACUUAAUUACAAUUUCAGUAGAUAUCCAAAGAAAAUCUUCGUACUUUAUACAAAAAAAUGUUUUCUUCUUAGUUAAUUACUUCAUGUCCUAAACACAUCGUAAAAUGUCAGAUUUUUAUCGAAGGAAACUAUUCCAAUGAAAUACAACUAAUGUAUAAAACUAGGCCGUAUUCGUAACUAACAUUUUUGAUAUGAAAUUAACACGAAACAAUUAAAAUAAGUGAAAUUGACAUUAAACUUUCUUAUUUAUAAAUUCAAAUGUAUUUGCAUUACACAAAAGCAUUAUAAAUUGCAAAUGCGACUUUGGCGAAAAGCUUGUUUUUUGUUGUUCAAAAUUAAGUAUUAUUACAACUGGUGAAUGUUGAUAUUGUAUUAAAUAUGUCAAAAUCAAUAAAGAUAUUUAUCCAACUAAAAUACAAUUUGUGCACUAAACAUCAAUUUCGGCCACUCGACGUAAGAGAGCGCUUUCACCAACAGUUUCUCUAGUAGUAAACAAUUAAUUUGAAUAUUUAAUGCUGGCGGGUGCGUUAUAGUUAUUUAUGCAACUGUUGUGUAAUAAGGGGCAUUAAAACACGAAUGUGGAUUUAUUAAUAGUAUCACAUGAGUGUUUUAAUACCUAAUUAUCAACAGUUGCAUACAAGACUUUAAUCUUCACCCAGAAUAUGAAUCCUCUAAAAGAUUCUGGAACAGUUAGCUUAUUGCUAACAUUAAAACACCAGUCCUAGUAGUAACCUAAUAUCAUUCAUUACUGAUUAUAUACAAAUAAACUAAGUAUUAAUGAAAGAAUUAUUUUACUAGUAAUUUACAUUUUGUAUAGUGUAAUAAUUAAAAUUCACUCGAAUAUAAUGUUCUUUUGCAGCGUUUAAAAUGAAUCGCUGAUUUUUUGUAAACAAAACAAUAAAAAUAUCAAAGAAAAAUGGCGGGGAUUUGAAUAACCUACUUUUUUUUACGGCGCGCGACGUUCUGGGAGUGUGGAGCGCGCGUAAACGAAAAUGUUAUUUUUUUGAAAUUCAUACAGAUACCACGCAUCGAGCAAUAAGAAUGUGGCUGUCUGUAGAAACUCUUUACGCAUGAAGGGAUAAAAAAAACAUAGGAGUGUUGUUAUGAAAUUCAGUACACCAUUAAAACACUCUUUUAGAUGAUGUAAUGGUUAUUAGAACAUUGGGUGUUUUAAUGUUGGCAAUAAGCUAACUGUUUCAGAAUCUUUAAUAGAGAAUUUAAAGCAUGGGUGUUGAUAAACAAAAUUACUGUACGAUUAGCACAUUUAAAUUCAUUGAAAUAGAUGUCAUAUCGGCAUGCAGUUGUUAUAUAUUUCUAUAUCGAGUACCUAAUGCAGAAAGAUUUGCACUUUUCAAUGAGAGGUUGAUGUCACCAUAUCACUGCAAUAACUUUUAAAUAGAUGUCAUAUUCGCAUGCAAAUCGUAGCUAUUUUUCUAAUAAUAGUAAUAUUUAUUGUAAUAUUCUUGUAACGAUCGAUACGAGACGUCAUGUCACAGAAAAUAGCUAAUGGCGACUGAGUGGCUCUUUCACUUGUAUUUUCUAUUCCGUGAUACGUAACCUCUGUUUGCUGAGAGUUAUAUUAAAUCCAAGAAAAUAAAAUUCGGUUUUUAAUAUCAUUACAAAUUUUACUUAUAUAUACUGAUGUCACCGGCUGCAUUGCGCUUGACAACAGCUGUGGACCACGUACCACAAAAGAUGUUGCGACAAUUAAGCGACAGUCGCUAUUCUUACACUUUUCAUAAUAUGUGGCAACUUUCAGCAAUCAGCCAUAUCAUACCUACCAAUGUUGCCAUAUUAAUUUUAAAAUUAUUUUAAUUAAAUAGAGUUAUGAUUCAUACAAAACGUAGCCAUAUUACUAAACGGAUAGUAUUUUAUUAUAACAAAACUUUCUUGCCUACUAAUGAAUUUAUAAUUAUUUAAUAGAUUCCAUAGGGAACAUUAUUAUUGUAAUAAAUAGAGGCUGUUUAUCGUUUUAAUUUGAUUUUAAAUUAAUAUAUUAAAUGUAAUAUUAAUGUUAUUUUAUAUAGUCUGCUUGCUUUGAUGGAGACGAAUAGUUAUACAAGUACAAUAUAAAUAAAUAUGUUUAAGUACAAA